UUAAACAGUUUUCAAUCGACCAGCGAAUUAAUCGAACGAAAAAUGGCAGAAAAAGUAGUGCUUGCUUACUCAGGUGGUUUAGAUACAAGCUGCAUUUUAAAGUGGUUAUUGGAACAAGGUUACGAAGUCGUUUGUUAUAUGGCCAAUAUUGGACAAGACGAAGAUUUCGAAGCUGCCAAACAAAAAGCAUUAAAAAUCGGAGCUAAAGACGUAAUAAUUGAAAACGUUCAAGAAUCAUUUCUAAACGAUUUUGUUUGGCCAUCAAUUCAAGCAGGAUUAAUUUACGAGAAUCGUUAUUUACUUGGAACGUCUUUGGCACGACCGUGUAUUUCAUUGGGUAUUAUAAAAUGUGCCAAAAAAAUUGGUGCAAAAUACAUUUCGCAUGGAGCCACCGGAAAAGGAAACGAUCAAGUUCGAUUUGAAUUAUCCUGUUAUUAUUUGUGGCCAGAGGUCAAGGUGAUCGCACCGUGGAGAGUAAAAGAAUUUUGCGAAAAAUUCGAAGGAAGACAAGAUUUAUUGAAAUACGCAAAAGAAAAUUCGAUUCCCGUUUCAGUUACACCCAAAGAACCGUGGAGUAUGGACGCUAAUUUAAUGCAUAUAAGUUACGAAUCUGGAAUUUUAGAAAAUCCAUCCAAUUCAGCACCAAAAAAUCUUUACUUGAUGACCAAAGAUCCUUUAAGCGGACCAAAUGUACCAAGUGAAAUCGAGAUUUAUUUUAAAAACGGCUUACCAUCGAGCUUAAUUUUGGCGAAUGGCGAAAAUAUCGAAGGAAGUCUAAAAAUGUUUAAUAAAUUGAACGAACUCGGUGGAUUACACGGAAUUGGAAGGAUUGACAUCGUUGAAAACCGUUUUAUUGGGUUAAAAUCGAGAGGAAUUUAUGAAACCCCCGCCGGUUUUAUUUUAUACACGGCUCAUUUAGACUUGGAAGUUUUUUGUUUAGAUAAAGAAGUUUUUCGAUUAAAAGAGCUUUUAAAAACGCGUUUAUCCGAUUUUGUGUACAACGGAUUUUGGUUCUCUCCAGAAGGAAAUUAUACAAGGAAAUGUAUCGAAAUUGCUAAUGAAAAUGUAACAGGAAGCGUAAAAUUACAACUUUACAAAGGAAAUGUGUCCGUUUUAUCAAGAAAAUCUAAAUUCUCCACUUACAACGAAGAUUUAGUUUCUAUGGAUAAACAUUCAGAUUUUGUACCGCAAGAUGCAACAGGGUUUAUUAAUAUUCAAGCUUUAAGACUUAAAGAAUAUAAAAAAUUUCAAGAUAACCUCCAAAAAUAAAAUUAUGUGACAUUUAGGACCGCAAUGGGUUGUAGCGCCAUCUGUUGAACAACAAUAAAAUUUAUUUUAUUGCUUACUUAAUAAAUUAAUUAAAAAUA